CGAGCGCUCCGGGCUGCCGACGUGGCGCGAGCCUUUGCCUGGGCGGAAACGGGGCAGCGCGAGCUCACAGCUCUCCACACCGCACCAUGUCACACAAAGAAGAAGCAGAUGUCCUCCCCACUUCUUCUGACCUACAGGCUUUCAAACCAUCUUUGGAUGAACAUACUGCUGUAGGUGAAGCUACUAUAGAAGAGCCUCAUUCCAAUCCUUCACCCGCAUCGGGCACAGCAGAACCCGAGCUAAACAAUGAGGAUGCAGAAGAUCAUAAACCAGGUACUGAGCCCUCAGAAGCACAACAAGACCAACUACAGAACAAUGCUGGUGAUCAGGAGAUUGAAUGCAAUGAAUCAGUGAGUUUGGAACCGGACAUUGCUGAAGGGCAGGAGGAGCCCUCAGAGAAGAAUCCAUCUAAAGGUUGGGGUGGUUGGGGUUCCUGGGGCAAGUCUUUGCUUACCACCGCCACCUCUACAGUGGGUCAGGGAUUAAGCUCAGUUCGGGAGAAAGCGGGCGUGGCAUUGCGGAUACGCAGUGUAUCAUCGUGUGAGGAAGCUGAUGAAGUUGAAGUUCCUCAUGAGGAGAAGCAGGAAGACUUGGUGGGAGAGUCCGACAGCCCAACACAAAGAGGAGUGUUCUCCUCUAUCUCCAACGCUGUCCAAAACACAGGGAAGUCUGUGCUGACCGGAGGACUCGAUGCGUUGGAGUUUAUUGGGAAGAAGACGAUGACGGUAUUAGCAGAGAGUGACCCAGGCUUUAAGAAAACCAAAAUCCUGAUGCAGAGGACCGUCUCGCUCUCACAGAUGCUAAAGGAAGCUAAAGAGAAAGCACGUGAGAGGUUGAGCAGUCAGACAGUGUGUGAACCCGCAGCUCAUUAUGGCAUCCUGUUUGAUGAUUAUCAAGGUCUGUCUCACCUGGAGGCUCUGGAGAUACUGAGCAGCGAGAGCGAGGGACGGGUUCAGGAGGCUCUUGCUGCACUUGAGGGCGAGCAGCUGGAGCUUCUAAAGAAAGAGCUGAUGGAGAUUAAGGUGAUCUUUGAGUCGAGGGAGCAGGAGAAUCAGCAGGAGGAAGGAAAUGAGACGGGAACCGAGGGAAACGGUGAACUUUAUUCCCACAUUCGCUCUUUCAGCCCACUCUAUGCGGAUGGGGAGGAGUUUGUCAGUGUUCUUACCGAGCUGCUGUUCGAGCUGCAUGUUGCUGCCACACCUGACAAAUUCAACAAGGUUCUAAAAGCCAGAAUGAAAGCCUAUGAUUGGAUGAAGGAGGUUGAGAAUCCGGUUGCUGCUGAGAGAACAGAAGAAAUGGUGGAAGAGAAAGAGGAGAAGCUGGAAUCUUCACUUACAGAACAAAAGGAAACUGGAGAAGAACAAGAAGAAGAAAAGAGAGAAGAGAAAAACAUUGAGGAGGAAAACGUGGAACACAGAGAGACUGACCAGGUCGAGAGUGUGUAUCUGUCCUCGAUAAGGAGUCUGGCCGAGAUCACCGCUCGCAGUAUAGAGCAGCUCCAUAAAGUGGCUGAACUCAUUCUACAUGGUCAGGACGUGGAGAAACCAGCAUCUCAGCAGGCCACCAUUCUGUGCAGGUUAACCUGCUCUAUGUGUAAGGAGGUGGACUGUCUGACGCACAGGUUCUCCGAGACCCUCAUCACUGUGGGGAGUCAGAGAAAAGCAGAAGAUCUGAAUCCUCUGGUGGACAGCGUCACACUGGAGGGGUCUAACAGCACCACGUACAUCCAGAAUGCAUUUCAGCUGCUGCUGCCCGUUCUGCAGAUCUGCCACAUUCAGACCUGCAGAACCCAGACUAGAAGUGAACCAGAACUAGUACCUACAGACUGACCUUCUCGACCCGAGUGUGUGUAUGUGUGAGACUGUGUGUGUACUGUACGAGCCGCUUUAAAGAAGUGCAAUUUGUUGCAAGUACGUAUCAUUGUACAGCAAAACUACAUUUAGAUCAGAUUGUUCAGAAAUUUAUACAUAGAGCUUCACUGAUUAACUUAUUUAGAUGUUAUAAGCAGUUAUAAUAAUACAUAACAGUACGUGUCUGUUUGGUUACCAGCCAUGUUGGGCUUAGCGUGUCUGAUUUGAGUUAGGUAACGGCAUUAAUCAUCCUCUAUAUACAUUUCAAUAUCAGAAUGUGUGCUCGGGUGACGUGCCGGUCUAUUACACACCACUGAAAAGACCAGAUUUAAAGUCUUAGUUGUGUCAGUCCUGGUCGAGUGCUUAGUAGACAUAAUUGACUGUGUCUGAGGGAGGGGAGGUCAAAGAGACAUGUCCAUGCCACUGUAAGAGACUAUUACUGUCCGGCAGAGGCCUGACACAAGUGAUGGAGGUCUACACAGUGAUGGAAGUUUACAGUCACAAGUGCAAUAGGGAAUCGGCUAUGAAACAAUGAGUGGUGAAAAUUCAUACCUUCAACCUAUUUGAAUAAAGUAAACCAUUUAUAUAUGCUUAUAAGAGACAACUGUUAAAGGCAUCUGAUUUCAUUGACACUGUCCGCAGUCAAGCAAUCUUUACACCACUAAAGGUUGUCAUGCAAGAAAAAAGUCCCAACGUUCUGGUAUGUGAUCAGCAAACAACUAUAUACACUGUAUAUACUGAUUACAUUUGAGGUGGGUAUAUUUCCUGCUCACGCCUCCUCCAACCCGUGCACAGUCCUUAGCGGACCCCUUCUUUUCACCCAUGUAUUCUGCACAGGCACCUCGAUCAGCUAAUUAGGGUCCCCGAGCACACAUUCUGAGGGCAGUGAUAGCUCAGUGGUUAAGGUACUGGACUUGAAAUCUAAAGGUUGCCGGUUCAAGCCCCACCACCGCCAAGUUGCCACUGUUGGGCCCCUGAGCAAGGCCCUUAACCCUCCACUGCUCAAAAAUUGUGUUCAGUCAUAACUGUAAGUCGCUUUGGUUAAAAGUGUCUGCCAAAUGCUGAAAAUGUAAAUGUCCCUGCACAGCGUUUGAAGACCCCACCCACAUAGUCCGCCCAUCCCACCCAGCAGACACAGUGGCCAACUAGUGUCUGCUGCAGGCAUCGCCAAUCAUGCCCGCUAGAUGACGCCCAGCCGAUUGGUGGCAGAGCCGAGUUUCGAACCGAGGAGUUCAGAAUCUUGGUGCUGGUGUACUAGCGGAAUAUCCUGCUGCGCCACCUGGGUGCGGAUGUAUAUUUUUGACUCUGAUUUUCAAAAAACCAAAGUGAAUUAAUUUUUUGGGACGGAAAAUUUGUCAUCCAGUCAAAAAGUUUCAGAGAUCAUUUCAUUCAAAACUGCCAAAAAAAUAAUUUAAUACAUGAAGCACACGUCCCCUACAAGAGUAUGUAAAAUCUUAAACCUCAUCUGUACCUGCACAGACUACAUUCAGCUGAAUACUGAAAAAUUCUCCCUGAAAAUGUUUUGCCUGUUUGCACUAUUGCCCUAAAGGUGUGAAAACACAAUAACAGCCAGAGGCAUGUUGACGCCUGACCAUGAGCUUGUUGGACAUUGCAUUCCAAAACCUUGGGCAUUAAUACGGGGUUGCCUCUCCCUUCCCUGCUUGCCGCUGUAUUCCAAUAAAUUUCUGCCUGUUGAGUGUAAGGUCACACACAGGGAUCAGAUGUUCAGUGGGGUUGAGGUCGGAGCUCUGUGCAGGCCAAACUGCUUUACAGCUAUUUGUAAUGAGUCUGACAUGUUUGAACUCGUGUGUAUUUUUUAAUUAUAAUCUUUUAUUUUUUAUCACUGUUUGAUCUUUGACAUUAAGUACAUUGUUAAAAAAUGUUAAAUUGUCCACAGAAAUGCUUUAGUUUGUUCCCAUUUGUUUUUAUGUUUUUAUGUUUACCAAAAUAUCUUUAACCAAAAGUGAAUAAAUGUCACAAACAAAUGGUUUACUUUAUUCUGUAUUAUUUGUCUAUUCUGUGUUAAUAAAGGAAAGAAAUGAUAAUUAA